AUGAAUCCGGAGAUGCUGCGGGUGGCGGAGGAGCAGAUGCGGCGCAUCCCCGCCGACGACCUCGCCAGGAUGCAGCGGCAGCUCAUGUCCAACCCGGACCUGCUGAAGCUCGCAACCGAGAGCAUGAAGAACAUGACGGCCGACGACUUCAAGAGGGCCGCCGAACAGCUGAACCGCGCGAGGCCAGAGGAGAUGCUCGACAUGACCGAGAAAAUCGCCAAGGCCAAGCCCGAGGAGCUCGCCGCCAUGAAGUCCCAAGCCGACGCUCACACCUCGUACGCGAUAUCCGCCGCCAAGAUGCUGAAGCGGCAGGGGAACCAGCUCCAUGGCCGCGGGGAGUACGCCGAGGCCGCCGCCAAGUACAGACUCGCCAGGGAUAACGUGAAGAACAGCGUGCCGUCGGCAGCCGGGCGCGCUCUGCAGCUGCAGUGCAGCGUUAAUCUGAUGGCCUGCUACCUGAAGCUCAGCGAGUUUGAGGAGUGCGUCAAUGAAGGCUCGGAGGUUUUGAGCUAUGAGUAUCACUCGGGCACUGCCAAAGCGUACUACCGAAGGGGUCAGGCGUACAAGGAGCUGGGAAACCUCCAGGCUGCUGUUGCUGACCUGAGUAAAGCCCAUGAGAUGUCUCCGGACGACGAAACUGUCGCUCAAGCUCUGACAGAGGCUCAAGAAAAACUUGAAACCGGAGGGGGAGCAGCAGACCAGCCAAAGAGAGUUGUCAUUGAGGAAGUUGUAGAAGAAGAUGUUAGUUCUGAUCUGCCAAGCGCUCAAAGGAGUUCUUCUUCUACUGCUGUUUCACAGCCACAUGAUGGAGCACGAAACUCGACACAAUCUGACUCUUUAGGAAGCUUGGUAAAUACUACGUCUCAGGUUGCUUCUUCAUCAAGCGGAGCAAUCCCUGUUGCUCCAGAUUUGGGAUCCAAUGUGCCAGGAAUUUCACCUGGCAUGGUCAGUAUGGCAGACCCUGCUAUGUGGGAGAUGUUUACAUCCAUGGUGGAGAACAUGAGCCCUGAUGCGAUGUCAAACAUGAGUGAGUUGUUCGGUAUCAAGUUGUCCAUUGAGGAUGCAGCCAACGCUCAACAAGCUAUGUCUUCAUUCUCUCCACAAGAUUUACAAAAAAUGAUGAAAUGGAUCGGCAGAGCACAGCGAGGAGUCGAAGCAGCAAAGAAGACGAAGGACUGGCUACUAGGCAGGAAAGGCUUCAUCUUUGCCAUUGUCAUGCUGAUCUUGGCGUUCAUCCUCCAUCGGCUUGGAUUCAUCGGGUAGGUGAGGUGAUGGCCUACACAUCCGAGAAUCAGCAACAACAAAAAAUACUGUGCUCUUUUUCCUGGGGCCAGAAGCGAUAGUGGGCGGAUGACAACAAUGUGGAAGCAAUAGUUGAACUGGGCCUUUCUUGUACCA